GUUGUUCUUCCUGGUUACUAUCAUGGCGUGCUGAAUAACAUGUGAGAUUUUGAAUAUCCGAACCCUGCUAUACUUAAAGGAAUCUUCGUUUGACCACACGUAAACUCCUACAACUGAAAACAACAAAUAAGGCAUGGCAUCAGCAGAGGAAGACUUCCCUCGAGGUGGGACAGUUAAGAAGACUUGUGAAAGUAAAAUAACGGCACGGAUUGAGGUGGACAACCUUUUCCAGUCUAAUGAAAAAGAAGCUUCUAAGAAAAGGAAAGGGGGUUCCAAAGAUGACAGCAAGAAAGUCAAGAAACAGAAGACUACUGAAAAGAAUGGAGAUCGUCAGACUCUCAAUGGAGCUCCAAAAUGUGUAGAAAUACUACAUUUAAAGAAUAUAAAGGAAGGCAUGUUGAUCCUGGGCUGUGUGAAAGAUGUGUCAGACUUUGAGGUGACUGUUGGUCUCCCUUGUGGUCUGCAAGGCUUUCUCAGCAUCAGGCACAUUUGUGACUCGUACACUAAGCUCCUCACUGAACAACUGGAUUCAACUGAUGAUGAGGGCAUUUGUGCUAUGCCGCACCUCUUCUAUUCUGGCAUGAUGUUGAGAUGUGUGGUUGCAGAGCUUGACACUGCCAAAGUAGGCUCUACCAGGAUCCAGCUCUCAGUCAAUCCAAAGCUGGUCAACAAGGCUCUCACAUCAAAUGCUUUAAAAGCUGGGAUGGUUUUGAGUGGGUGUAUUGAGAGCCUUGAGGAUCAUGGCUGCAUAGUUGACAUUGGUGUCAAGGGAACCAAAGCCUUCCUCCCCAAGAAAGCUGGCAAAGACCAACAGAACAGUAACAAUGAGCUGAAAGUGGGCCAGUAUCUGACUUGUCAAAUAAAAGAAGUGAAGAGCAAUGGACGUUUAUUGCGUCUCUCAGUCAACCCCUCAGCUGGUGGCCAAGCAUGUGCUGACACACAACAAGGAUGGACCUUGACUAAUCUUCUGCCGGGACUUCUAGUUAAAGCGACAGUCAAACAAGUGACCAAACACGGGCUGCUCAUGGACUUUCUGUCCUCCUUCAGUGGUCAGGUGGACUUCCUUCACAUGGAGUGGGAGAAGGCUUCCAGUUACCGUGAGGGUAGCAAGGUCCUGGCCCGUGUACUAUACAUAGAACCGUCCACCCGCUUGGUAGGACUGAGCCUGCGUGACUGGCUGGUCAAACCUGAGACCAGAAUUAAUACCAUUCCUGCCUGCGGCGACCGUGUUGGUGAGGUGGUGGGGGAUUGCAGGAUGAGCUCUAUGCACCACAUGUCUGGUGCUAUGUUGGAGCUGCCUGAUAAAACCCCAGCAUUUGUGCAUAGGAACAACCUGAAGGAACCUAAGAACCCAUCUAAUGAAAACAAAAUACUAGCCUUCCCAAAACACACUUGCAGGAUAACUGACUACAGCCCCAUGGACCAAAUUCAUUUUGCUACAUUGCGCAAGACUGUGAUUGAGAAACCCUUCUUUCAAUACAAAGAUCUUCAUGCUGGUCAGAUUGUAGAGGGGACAGUGUCUCUCCUGUUGAAUAACGGCAUGAUGGUGCAUUUAACUAGCCACAUUCGAGGGAUGGUGCCUCGGAUUCACUUAUCCGACAUCGUCUUAAACAACCCGGAGAAAAAGUAUGCAGCAGGCAUGAAAGUCAAAUGUCGGGUGCUGUCAGUAGAUGUAGAGAACAAAAAACUGUACUUGACUCGAAAGAAGGCCCUUCUAGAAAGCUCCCUGCCCUUGUUCCUUAGCUACAAUGAUGCCCGUCGUGGACGAGUGUCACACGGUCACAUUGUCAGUGUCAAAAACUUUGGCUGCAUCGUUCGAUUCUACAACAAUGUUAAGGGCCUGGUGCCAGUCAACGAACUCAGCUCUGAAGUCAUCCUUAACCCCGAGGAAGUCUUCUAUGUUGGUCAGGUGUUGAGGACAAAGGUUCUGCAAUGUGAUCCAGAGAAGGAAAAGAUGCUUCUGUCUUUUAAGGCUGUGGUGGAGGGAGAUUCUGAAGAAAAAGCAAAGACCCAGUUUGUCUGUGAGGUGGGAAAGAGGCUGGAGGCCAAGGUGCUUAAGAAGUCAAUCAAUGGUCUGGAAGUUUCCAUUCUUCCUGAUGAAGUUCAUGCCCUCCUACCCACCAUGCACCUCUCGGAUCUUGCGUCCAACUGCCCUCUGCUGUGGGAGGCCCUGCAGGAGGGAGACACCAUUUCAAACCUCACCUGGGUUUUUCAGAAUAGGAAAAUCAUUACUGUCACCAAGAAGCCAACAGUGAUCUGGUCACUGGAGGAAGGACUGUCUGCAAAAGAUUUCUCAGAGGUCAAAGUUGGAAUGCAGAUGAUUGGCUGGGUCAAGAGCAUCAUGGCCUAUGGCAUCUUUGUCGAGUUCCCAUUUGGGCUUGUUGGUCUUGCACCGAAGUCUGCCAUAUCUGAUAAGUUCAUUCCUGAUACAACAACCAUCUUCCAGUUGGGCCAGACAGUGAUUGCUAAGGUCACUAAUUUGGAUGAGGAGAAGAAGCGAUUCCUGGUCACACUGAAAACGUCUGAGGUCACUCUGCCAGAGGAAUCUGCUCAGACGGCACUGAUUCAUGCUGUGCAAGAGAGACGAGCUGUGACCGAAAUGAUUGCCAUGAAAGACACCAGAGAUCUCUACCAGCAGCUAGCUGCUCUGUCUGUUGGCCAGAGGCUGAAAUUGGUUGUGGACACUGUGAAGAAUGGCGAGUCCACUAACUUCAAGUCUGAUGAAUUGGCUGGUGCCACCAUACAGGCAACUAAAUACCAUGUGAUUGGGUUUCAGUUGACCCCAGGACAAAAGGUUAUUGCAGUUGUCCUUUAUGUUGACAUCCAGUCUACUACUGUCCAUGUGUCCCUCCUUUCCAAAUUGGUUACCAAAAAGAAAAUGCUGACAGAAGAGAGCAAGUACUCUGCAAUUUUGCAGCACAUCGAUAAAGACCUAGCCAUCAUCUCAGUGGAGGACACUGCUCAGCUGACAAUUAUCCAAACACGAAACCACCUCAACGAGAUCAUCGUAUCCGAAUCGAGCAAACUGAGGGCAGGGAUGCAUUUGGCAAUUGAGGUUGUUGAACCCAGCUGUGAGCAACUGCAAGGGCUUCCUCUAGUGUCAUGGAAGCGUACUGUACCCAAACAACUGCGCCCCAAUUCAGAAAACCAGACGGAUUCUGACACUGGUUACCAGUUUGGAGAAAUUGUGCAAGGUAAAGUUCGGACAGUGAAGCCUACUAUCAUUCAGGUCACACUUGAGGAUGGAAGCACAGGCUGUGUGCAUGUGUCUGAGGUAAUGGAGGCUACAGAAGUGUCACCAGGAUCCUUCCCCACGUCUUCAGUUAAAGUGGGCAGCGUGGUCACCUGCAGGGUUAUUGGAGGACGGGAAGCCACCAGUAACAAAGUCUUACCUAUUUCCCGCCCAGGAUACACAUACACUUUCCCUGAGCUUACACUAAUACCCAGCAAACUGGAAGGAAAAUUGGAGGUCAGGUCCGUUGCUGUAAAGAAACUGAACUCUUACAAGGUUGGAGAGGAAAUUAUCGGCUUUGUUUCAAAGUAUCAUCCUGAGAGGAAGAGUUUGGAGGUCACCACGGCUCUUUCUCUCUCAGGGACGGUGGAACUGCUAGCCAUGAUUACGGAUAUGAAAGAUUCCAACCAUCCUGAAAAGUUGUACAAACUUGGCCAGACUGUCAAAGCUAAAGUGGUUGGAAUGAGUCUCAAGCCUCAGCGACUGUUACUGUCACUUACAGGUGUUCAUGAAUUGGAGGUAGACCGCAUCACUUUGGGAGUGGUGACAGGCACACUACCAAACCUCGGCCUUAUGGAGCUUCCAUUCGGUUGUGUGGGAACUGUGGCCGUCACUGACCUUGCUGACGCAUACAAGCCCAACCCGUUGGCCGGAUUCAGCAAGGAUCAGCUGGUCAGGUGCUAUCUCAUAGGCAGUGAAAAUGGCAAGUGGCAGUUAUCUCUACGACCAUCAAGAUUGAACCCACAGCAGGCUAAACCACCAAAAGACCCAGAAGUUUUGUCCUUAGACAAUCUGCAAGAAGGCCAGUUAAUCAGAGGUUAUGUCAAAUCUGUCAGUGAGCAAGGGGUCUUUAUAAGGUUGUCAAGCAGCAUCACUGGAAGAGCCCAGCUUCAGGAGUCCACCAAGUACUUUGUUAACAACCACAGUGUCCUCUGUAACCAUCUUCCCCCCGGCACCCUGCUGACCACAAAAAUCAUCAGAAUCGACAGAAAAGAGAAGUUAGUUGACCUGUCCCUGCUCGCUGUCGACACUGGGAAACCAGACGUCCUUCCAGAAUCCCUCCAUCUGCCACUACGUCUCUUGGGAGAAGAGAAAAAGAAGUACAACCUUGAUAAGAAAAAAAAGCGCUCACUGUCUGAGAGUGAAAAGAAACAAAACGAGUUGAAGGCCCCAAAGAAGAAAAAGAAGAAAACAGACCUUCAAGAUGGUGACAGUGGGGUUGAGGUAUAUUUCAGAGAGGAAGAAGACGAGGAAGACCAAUGCACCAAAUCUGUUGCUGUAAACGCUUCUAGUUCAAGUCUUUCCAGAUUGCACGUUACUGCUGGAUUCUCCUGGGAUCUUGGCUUGAGCUCACUGAAGCCCGCUCGAGCAAGCAGUCAUGCAGACUCGAGUGAUGGAGAGGACCAAGAUGAAAGCAGCAAGUCUCAGAAGAAGUCUCGGCAUGAGGUUGCGCAGCAAAAAAAGGCGGCGGAAAAAGCCUUGAUGCAGCGUGAGAUGGAGUUGAUGGACCCUCAGCUCAGGCCGCAGGAUGCAGCAGCAUUUGAACGCCUCCUCUUGGCCUCUCCCAACAGUUCGCUGCUCUGGCUUCAGUACAUGGCUCACCACUUGCAGGCAACCCAGAUUGAUCAGGCCCGUGCCGUGGCAGAAAGGGCUCUUAAAACCAUUUCUUUCAGAGAGGAGCAGGAGAAGCUGAAUGUGUGGGUGGCCCGCCUAAACCUGGAGAAUAUGUACGGGACUCAGGAGAGCCUUAAGAAAGUCUUUGAGGGAGCCCUCCAAUUUUGUGAGCCUAUGCCCGUCUAUCAGCAGCUGGCUGACAUUUACUCCAAAUCUGACAAGAUAAAGGAAGCAGAGAACCUGUAUAAGUCGAUGGUAAAGCGUUUCCGUCAAAACAAAGCAGCCUGGCUGAACUAUGGUACCUUCCUGCUACAGCAGGGCCAGAGUGACGCUGCCAGUGUUCUCCUGCAAAGGGCCCUUAAAAGUCUACCAUCCAAAGAAAGUGUGGAUGUGAUCGCAAAGUUUGCCCAACUGGAGUUUCGUUACGGAAGCACAGAAAAAGCUUACACAAUGUUUGACAAAAUCCUGACAAGCUACCCAAAACGCACAGACCUCUGGUCCGUUUUCAUCGACCUGAUGGUCAAACAUGGAUCACAGAAGGAAGUCCGGGCCAUCUUUGAUCGUGUGAUCCACCUGAGUGUGUCCGUGAAGAAAAUCAAGUUCUUCUUCAAGCGCUACCUGGAGUACGAGAAGAAGCACGGAACACCGCAAAGCAUCCAGGCUGUCAAAGAAAAGGCUGUGGAGUUUGUGGAAGGCAAAGGCAGUGAAGCUGCCAGCUAGAGACCAAACACAUCCUUGCAUGUGUUUACUGUGGACUUUCUGUACUUUCUGCAUCUACGUAAUACGAGCGUAUUUGCUAUUAUAAGUUUGCUAUUUUUACUCAAGUGGGUGCUCGAAGAACUUGAAGACUCAAAUCAACCUUUGUAAAAUGUGUGUAUUCAUCUGUCAAUCUGAUCAUGGUCAACCAAAGUUAAGAAUUUAAUAUAGACUCUCGAAAUGAAUUUUACUUCUGUUGAGAGUAAUUAAUUGUAGCUGUUUGUAGCGCAUUGCCAUUACUCAAUAAAUUUACUAUCAUUACAAUACA